CGACAACGUCGAUAAGACUUUUGUGCAGUAAAAGCGUUAACUGUUAAUUGUUUGGAGAAAAUAUAUUCAUAUAUUAACUCCGCUUAAGUUUUUUUGGGUGACAUAUUGGACUUCUUUCGUAUUAAUAAGAUUUUCACUUCUGGUGCUGGUGGAAGAUUGUAGAAGGAACUUAGCACGUGGAAAUCGUAACAAUGAGCAAAUACGAGAACUACAACUCAACGUCUCGCAACUAUGACAAACAGAGGGUCCCAGUUGCCUCGGACACCAUCGCGGCCAUGAUUCAGUUCCUUACGAGCAAACAGCUCAAGGACAUCCAUGUAUUGGACGCAGGUUGCGGAACGGGCAACUACUCUAGUGCUCUCCUUGAACGGGGUCUUGGUCAGGUGACUAUGAUUGACGCCUCCAGUGGAAUGCUACAGCAGGCGAGAGAUAAACUAGGUCAUGCCUUGGCGGAUGGACGCGUCAAACAGAUGCUAGAGGUCAAACUACCGGAACUACCGUUUCCUGAUAAAACAUUUGACGCCGUCAUGUUUAAUUUGGUACUUCACCAUCUAGAACCUAAAUCCUCUUCAACUGAUGGUAGUUUUCCCGUCAUUACCAAGGCGAUUACCGAGGCAAGACGAGUUAUCAAGAAAAACGGCGUACUCAUUGUAACCACUCAACUUCCGAAUAUCCUCAAAAACAAUCUGUGGUUUUCUCGGAUCAAUGAGAACCUCACAGAACGCAACAUGAAACGCUGGCCAGAAUUGGAUUACUAUGAAAGUACAUUUUCUGCGGCCAAAUUUGAACUGGUUGAAACUGUUAACAUACUUUCCAAGCACUACCUGAAUGAGAAUGAGUUCUAUGAAGGCCCGUUGCAUGACUGGUGGAGAGAUACGGAGUCUUAUUGGGCCCUUGCCACGGAGGAAGAAUUGAGGCAAAUUAAGGAGAAGAUCUCUGACUUGAAAGAAAGAGGAGAACUUGAAGCAUGGGCAAAGGAGAGAGAUAGAGCCAGGACCGAGGGAUCGAUCACAUUGUUUGUUUGCAAAGCAAUGUAAAUAUUGCUGGACAAAAGAGACGGAUCGAGCCUGGACAGGGAGUCCGUUACUUUGUAUGUUGGUAGAUCAUUGUUGCUGGAAAGUUAAAAUUUACAUAAAUUGUGUGUAACAUUUCAC